AGGACACAAAACAAAGAACAAACUUGAUAGACAGUGAGAGCAAGAUGGUAUUGUUGGCGGCUACAGCAGUGGGCGUGGGUGGCUACGCAGCGUAUCGUGGAGGAGAAGCCGCCGUGAAUGCGACUGGUCGAGCGAUUGAAGACUCGAAGCGCGAAGGGCGGCGACGCGAAGAACAGCGCGGCAUGAACGCAAAGUCCCGACAGCGGAGUUCAAGACUCAAUGACAUUCAAAACAAAAUCGUCGCUGCCAAGAGUGGCUCUGUCACCGCUGAUACUACGAGUAGUAGUAAGACAGCUAGCAGCACUAGCACUAGCACAGGCUUGUCGCAAGAAAGCCAGCAAAACCUUCAAAAUGACAGAUUCAGUUCCAUCAAGGAGAGAUAUGCCGCAGAAAGAAACAAAACCAAAGAAAAAAAGGGAGUUUUCGGGAAAUUGUUCAAAAAGAAAUAGGAAAAAUAAUAAUUAGCACAAUUACCUGAUAGACUAUAUAGAUAGAAUCACAGCCUGAGCUGGCCAUACACAGUGUAGCUACAA